UGGACGUGAUUCUCCUGGUCAUGAAUCUACAGCUAGUAGUGCUGCUUCAACAACAACUAGUAGGAACUCUACCACAUCUAUAGACAGUGGGCGGGCUUCAAAUUCUACCAUGGAACCCCGCCCUCCCCUUCACCUAGGACACGCCCAUAGAUUGUCUAAUGUCUCCUCUCAAUCUGGCGGAGAUUCUAUUAGUUCUAGUAGACAGAGCCAUCACAGCAGUAAUUCAAGCCUGGGAGACAGGUUUGAGGACAGUAUCUGCACCCUCAAUAUACAGGAUAUGCUAAAUGCAGGGAUUCCGGAUGAAGAAAUCCUGACUGCCUGGUUGACCGACCUACAUUUUGAAGAAUAUUAUCAGCUGUUCACCUCAGCUGGAUACGAUAUGCCAACAAUUUCCAGGAUGACACCAGAAGACCUUACAGCAGUUGGAAUCAAGAAACCAAAUCAUAGGAAGAAACUAAAGGCUGAGAUUGGAAGAUUAAAUAUUUCGGAUGGUCUUCCAGAUUUUCUUCCGGACUGCCUAGAGGACUGGUUAGGACUAUUAAGAUUAGAUGAAUAUGGUCCUAAUCUACGAAGUCAAGGAUAUAACACUAUACUAGAUGUUACAACUAUCAGUAUUGAAGAUCUAGAGGACACCGGGUUUUAUAGACUGGGACAUCAGAAACGCCUCCUCCUGGCGAUACGGCGGGCAAAAGAGCUUCUCGGCGGUAAACGGGUUCAGCCGACUACAUUCCAAACCCAGGAUACAGGAAUAUCGAAACUUCCACCACGCCCUUCUCUCUCAUCAUUCACACACCAAGUUCACGACAUUCAACCUUUUCAUCAUAAUCAACAACAUUCACCUCACCUUCAUCAACAACAUAGUUUCCAACAACAGCAACAACCGUUUCAUUCAUUUCAACAGUUUAAUCCAUCCCAAUCCCAACACAACCCUUCCCAAUCCCAACACAACCCUUCCCAAUCCCAACACAACCAAUCCCAGUGUUUGUUCCAACCUACCUCUGGUCACCAGCAGCACACUCCUCUUCAAUAUUUACCUGAUUUUAUGAGAAUAAAGCAGAGUGGAGGAUUUGCCAGCAAUGAGGAGCUGCCCACUAGUAUACCUGAUCCUAUGCCCCCUUUACAGUACCCCCUCUACCAAACAACAUUUCAGGGGGGCACAAUCCCCCACCAGGGAGGGGCAAACUUCCAAGGGGGAUACCCAGGCAGCCCUAGGUUUAUACCAAGAGCUGCAGGAGGUCUGGGACAUCCUCCCUCCCCCUCCCCCUGGCGUAUGAUGAGGUCCUACGAUGACGCAGAUAUUUUGCGUCACGCUGACCAUUCGGUUCUAAUUCAUGACGCUCCGAGGUCGCAGAACAAGUCAGGGACACUUCCACGCCCAAAGGGUACUAUAAAACCGCGACCAGUUGCAAAAAUAAUUGCAAAAACUCGUGAAUCGGAACCGGAAAUCGAGGUUAGCAAAGAAGAUCAUGGAAAGGAUCUAAAGGCUGGAGGCUGUGAUACCGAGGACUCUCCAGGAACCUCGUCAGGAAUGAGUUCUCCAAACCGUCUCCAAGGAUCUCCUACUCCUACACUCAGAAGACCAAGACGGGGUUCAGAUACAGGGAUACAGAUGAGGAAGAUUGGUAGUUUUGAAAGUGACCCUGGAACUAUUCCUUUUGCUAAUGAUAACGCCGGAACAAUUCGGAUUAGGUAG